CUCAACUUAUAUUAGACUGUGGGAGACGCUGUGGAACGCUUCUUGAAAUGAUCAAUCACACUGUCAUACUCCCCCCCCUUACUUCCAACACACUUUAAAUCACACUUGUAUGAACUGCAUUUGCAUGUAUUACUCGACAUAAUGCGCCCUCCGGUAACACAGCAGACCGUCGCAGCCGAUACAUCUAAAUCUAGCAGUUUAGUGGCGGGUAAGUAAGAGAUCUCCUCUAUAUAUCUAAGUAUAUAUUUGAAAUGAUACAUAAUAGGGUAUCAGUUCAUACCCCAAGAGAGGAUGGAAUUGGGGUUGUACAAACUCAAUCUUAAUACCGCAAGGUAGAGGAACUCAUGCUAUUAACCUACGAACCAUGCACCCUUUGUUUCGCUUGUGACCUUGUUAUACGCCAAUGGUCGACUUAUUACUGACAAAAGACGCAGGAAAUAUUGCCACGCCUACGAAGCAACAUGACGUUGUAGUCAACCCUCCCCCUGUGCGAGUAUCACUCGGAACCAGACUAUGGUCGCGCCUCCGCGCAUACAUCUCCAACGCGGUUGACGAAACCGUCCAAAGCCGCGUCGAAGGGCGCUUCGAGAAACACGAGGAGUGGCUCGCCGCGCGCCUAAACGACAUCCUCGAGAACAGGACCAAAGCCGACCACCGCAACAGGCGCGACAUCUUCGAGGCCGCGUGGCGCGACGCAGCCCUCUCGAGCGCGCGCUUCGUCCACAAACACCUCCCCGACGCGGUGCCGUACUACGACAAAUCCGAGACACUCCAGCACGCGCUAGACGCGGCCCCCAAAGAGGGCCUGGCCCUCGAGUUCGGGGUCUACCAGGGCUCCACACUCCGGAAGAUCGCGGCCAGCCGACUGUCCGGCGGGGUCUACGGGUUCGACUCCUUCGAAGGGCUCCCCGAGUCGUGGCGCUGCGUGUUCCCCGCGGGGGCCUUCGCGCUCGAAGCGCCGCCCGAGGUGCCGGGCGCGGAGCUGGUCGUCGGGUGGUUCGACAAGACGCUCGGGCCUUUCUUCGCGGAGCACGCCGGGCCCAUCGCGCUGCUGCACAUCGACAGCGACUUGUACUCGUCGGCGGUGACGGUGCUAGAGCACUGCGGGCCGCGGCUGGUGGCCGGUUCGGUCGUGAUAUUCGACGAGUACUUCAACUUCCCCGGAUGGGAGAACGACGAGCAUCGCGCGUGGCAGGAGUACGUCGAGCGGACGGGGACGCGCUUCAGCUGGCUUGCGUUUACCGCUGACGACGAGCAGGUGGUGGUUCGGAUUGACGAUCCGGGAACGCAGCCGUGAUAUUUACCUACCUAAGGUUAGGUAGGUAGUCAGGGGUUUUAAGAAGGGUUCUGUUCCAUCUCCAUCUCAGCUAGGUUACGUAGUAAAGAACAUAUGGGAUUUUUAGCGAUAAUUGAAUGAAUGAGCGGGUAUGAUGUAUAGUGGAGAGUUUAAGGUUAUGCAACGCCUUUGCAAUGUCUGAGACUUGGAGUGACAUAGGGGGUUAGAUAGCAAGUUUCUAUAGAGCUAAUACGAAUUGAACUCAAGUAUGCUGAUAUUUUUACGCCUUGAGAAACACUGGGAAUGCGGCUACUGAAACCCC